AUGGGGGCCACACGCGCACCCAGGGGCGACAAGGCAGUGGGCAGGACUGAGAGGUGCAUGGCAGGUGUGGCAGCUGUGGCAGCUGUGGCAGCUGUGGCAGCUGUGCGCACCUCUGCUGUUGUGCCCACCUCUGCUGUUGUGCCCACCUCUGCUGUUGUGCGCACCUCUGCUGUUGUGCCCACCUCUGCUGUUGUGCCCACCUCUGCUGUUGUGCCCACCUCUGCUGUUGUGCCCACCUCUGCUGUUGUGCGCACCUCUGCUGUUGUGCCCACCUCUGCUGUUGUGCCCACCUCUGCUGUUGUGCGCACCUCUGCUGUUGUGCCCACCUCUGCUGUUGUGCCCACCUCUGCUGUUGUGCGCACCUCUGCUGUUGUGCCCACCUCUGCUGUUGUGCCCACCUCUGCUGUUGUGCCCACCUCUGCUGUUGUGCCCACCUCUGCUGUUGUGCGCACCUCUGCUGUUGUGCCCACCUCUGCUGUUGUGCCCACCUCUGCUGUUGUGCGCACCUCUGCUGUUGUGCCCACCUCUGCUGUUGUGCCCACCUCUGCUGUUGUGCCCACCUCUGCUGUUGUGCCCACCCCUGCUGUUGUGCGCACCUCUGCUGUUGUGCCCACCUCUGCUGUUGUGCCCACCUCUGCUGUUGUGCGCACCUCUGCUGUUGUGCCCACCUCUGCUGUUGUGCCCACCUCUGCUGUUGUGCCCACCUCUGCUGUUGUGCGCACCUCUGCUGUUGUGCCCACCUCUGCUGUUGUGCCCACCUCUGCUGUUGUGCGCACCUCUGCUGUUGUGCGCACCUCUGCUGUUGUGCCCACCUCUGCUGUUGUGCCCACCUCUGCUGUUGUGCCCACCUCUGCUGUUGUGCCCACCUCUGCUGUUGUGCCCACCUCUGCUGUUGUGCCCACCUCUGCUGUUGUGCGCACCUCUGCUGUUGUGCGCACCUCUGCUGUUGUGCCCACCUCUGCUGUUGUGCCCACCUCUGCUGUUGUGCGCACCUCUGCUGUUGUGCCCACCUCUGCUGUUGUGCCCACCUCUGCUGUUGUGCCCACCUCUGCUGUUGUGCGCACCUCUGCUGUUGUGCCCACCUCUGCUGUUGUGCCCACCUCUGCUGUUGUGCGCACCUCUGCUGUUGUGCCCACCUCUGCUGUUGUGCGCACCUCUGCUGUUGUGCCCACCUCUGCUGUUGUGCCCACCUCUGCUGUUGUGCGCACCUCUGCUGUUGUGCGCACCUCUGCUGUUGUGCCCACCUCUGCUGUUGUGCCCACCUCUGCUGUUGUGCCCACCUCUGCUGUUGUGCGCACCUCUGCUGUUGUGCGCACCUCUGCUGUUGUGCCCACCUCUGCUGUUGUGCCCACCUCUGCUGUUGUGCCCACCUCUGCUGUUGUGCGCACCUCUGCUGUUGUGCCCACCUCUGCUGUUGUGCCCACCUCUGCUGUUGUGCCCACCUCUGCUGUUGUGCGCACCUCUGCUGUUGUGCCCACCUCUGCUGUUGUGCCCAUCUCUGCUGUUGUGCGCACCUCUGCUGUUGUGCCCACCUCUGCUGUUGUGCCCACCUCUGCUGUUGUGCCCACCUCUGCUGUUGUGCCCACCUCUGCUGUUGUGCCCACCUCUGCUGUUGUGCCCACCUCUGCUGUUGUGCGCACCUCUGCUGUUGUGCCCACCUCUGCUGUUGUGCCCACCUCUGCUGUUGUGCGCACCUCUGCUGUUGUGCGCACCUCUGCUGUUGUGCCCACCUCUGCUGUUGUGCCCACCUCUGCUGUUGUGCCCACCUCUGCUGUUGUGCGCACCUCUGCUGUUGUGCGCACCUCUGCUGUUGUGCCCACCUCUGCUGUUGUGCCCACCUCUGCUGUUGUGCCCACCUCUGCUGUUGUGCGCACCUCUGCUGUUGUGCCCACCUCUGCUGUUGUGCCCACCUCUGCUGUUGUGCCCACCUCUGCUGUUGUGCGCACCUCUGCUGUUGUGCCCACCUCUGCUGUUGUGCCCAUCUCUGCUGUUGUGCGCACCUCUGCUGUUGUGCCCACCUCUGCUGUUGUGCCCACCUCUGCUGUUGUGCCCACCUCUGCUGUUGUGCGCACCUCUGCUGUUGUGCCCACCUCUGCUGUUGUGCCCACCUCUGCUGUUGUGCCCACCUCUGCUGUUGUGCGCACCUCUGCUGUUGUGCCCACCUCUGCUGUUGUGCCCACCUCUGCUGUUGUGCGCACCUCUGCUGUUGUGCCCACCUCUGCUGUUGUGCCCACCUCUGCUGUUGUGCGCACCUCUGCUGUUGUGCCCACCUCUGCUGUUGUGCCCACCUCUGCUGUUGUGCCCACCUCUGCUGUUGUGCCCACCUCUGCUGUUGUGCCCACCUCUGCUGUUGUGCGCACCUCUGCUGUUGUGCGCACCUCUGCUGUUGUGCCCACCUCUGCUGUUGUGCCCACCUCUGCUGUUGUGCCCACCUCUGCUGUUGUGCCCACCUCUGCUGUUGUGCGCACCUCUGCUGUUGUGCCCACCUCUGCUGUUGUGCGCACCUCUGCUGUUGUGCGCACCUCUGCUGUUGUGCCCACCUCUGCUGUUGUGCCCACCUCUGCUGUUGUGCCCACCUCUGCUGUUGUGCCCACCUCUGCUGUUGUGCGCACCUCUGCUGUUGUGCCCACCUCUGCUGUUGUGCCCACCUCUGCUGUUGUGCGCACCUCUGCUGUUGUGCCCACCUCUGCUGUUGUGCGCACCUCUGCUGUUGUGCCCACCUCUGCUGUUGUGCCCACCUCUGCUGUUGUGCGCACCUCUGCUGUUGUGCGCACCUCUGCUGUUGUGCCCACCUCUGCUGUUGUGCCCACCUCUGCUGUUGUGCCCACCUCUGCUGUUGUGCCCACCUCUGCUGUUGUGCCCACCUCUGCUGUUGUGCCCACCUCUGCUGUUGUGCGCACCUCUGCUGUUGUGCGCACCUCUGCUGUUGUGCCCACCUCUGCUGUUGUGCCCACCUCUGCUGUUGUGCGCACCUCUGCUGUUGUGCCCACCUCUGCUGUUGUGCCCACCUCUGCUGUUGUGCCCACCUCUGCUGUUGUGCGCACCUCUGCUGUUGUGCCCACCUCUGCUGUUGUGCCCACCUCUGCUGUUGUGCGCACCUCUGCUGUUGUGCCCACCUCUGCUGUUGUGCGCACCUCUGCUGUUGUGCCCACCUCUGCUGUUGUGCCCACCUCUGCUGUUGUGCGCACCUCUGCUGUUGUGCGCACCUCUGCUGUUGUGCCCACCUCUGCUGUUGUGCCCACCUCUGCUGUUGUGCCCACCUCUGCUGUUGUGCGCACCUCUGCUGUUGUGCGCACCUCUGCUGUUGUGCCCACCUCUGCUGUUGUGCCCACCUCUGCUGUUGUGCCCACCUCUGCUGUUGUGCGCACCUCUGCUGUUGUGCCCACCUCUGCUGUUGUGCCCACCUCUGCUGUUGUGCCCACCUCUGCUGUUGUGCGCACCUCUGCUGUUGUGCCCACCUCUGCUGUUGUGCCCAUCUCUGCUGUUGUGCGCACCUCUGCUGUUGUGCCCACCUCUGCUGUUGUGCCCACCUCUGCUGUUGUGCCCACCUCUGCUGUUGUGCCCACCUCUGCUGUUGUGCCCACCUCUGCUGUUGUGCCCACCUCUGCUGUUGUGCGCACCUCUGCUGUUGUGCCCACCUCUGCUGUUGUGCGCACCUCUGCUGUUGUGCCCACCUCUGCUGUUGUGCGCACCUCUGCUGUUGUGCGCACCUCUGCUGUUGUGCCCACCUCUGCUGUUGUGCCCACCUCUGCUGUUGUGCCCACCUCUGCUGUUGUGCGCACCUCUGCUGUUGUGCGCACCUCUGCUGUUGUGCCCACCUCUGCUGUUGUGCCCACCUCUGCUGUUGUGCCCACCUCUGCUGUUGUGCGCACCUCUGCUGUUGUGCCCACCUCUGCUGUUGUGCCGACCUCUGCUGUUGUGCCCACCUCUGCUGUUGUGCGCACCUCUGCUGUUGUGCCCACCUCUGCUGUUGUGCCCAUCUCUGCUGUUGUGCGCACCUCUGCUGUUGUGCCCACCUCUGCUGUUGUGCCCACCUCUGCUGUUGUGCCCACCUCUGCUGUUGUGCGCACCUCUGCUGUUGUGCCCACCUCUGCUGUUGUGCCCACCUCUGCUGUUGUGCCCACCUCUGCUGUUGUGCGCACCUCUGCUGUUGUGCCCACCUCUGCUGUUGUGCCCAUCUCUGCUGUUGUGCGCACCUCUGCUGUUGUGCCCACCUCUGCUGUUGUGCCCACCUCUGCUGUUGUGCCCACCUCUGCUGUUGUGCCCACCUCUGCUGUUGUGCCCACCUCUGCUGUUGUGCCCACCUCUGCUGUUGUGCGCACCUCUGCUGUUGUGCCCACCUCUGCUGUUGUGCCCACCUCUGCUGUUGUGCGCACCUCUGCUGUUGUGCGCACCUCUGCUGUUGUGCCCACCUCUGCUGUUGUGCCCACCUCUGCUGUUGUGCCCACCUCUGCUGUUGUGCGCACCUCUGCUGUUGUGCGCACCUCUGCUGUUGUGCCCACCUCUGCUGUUGUGCCCACCUCUGCUGUUGUGCCCACCUCUGCUGUUGUGCGCACCUCUGCUGUUGUGCCCACCUCUGCUGUUGUGCCCACCUCUGCUGUUGUGCCCACCUCUGCUGUUGUGCGCACCUCUGCUGUUGUGCCCACCUCUGCUGUUGUGCCCAUCUCUGCUGUUGUGCGCACCUCUGCUGUUGUGCCCACCUCUGCUGUUGUGCCCACCUCUGCUGUUGUGCCCACCUCUGCUGUUGUGCGCACCUCUGCUGUUGUGCCCACCUCUGCUGUUGUGCCCACCUCUGCUGUUGUGCCCACCUCUGCUGUUGUGCGCACCUCUGCUGUUGUGCCCACCUCUGCUGUUGUGCCCACCUCUGCUGUUGUGCGCACCUCUGCUGUUGUGCCCACCUCUGCUGUUGUGCCCACCUCUGCUGUUGUGCGCACCUCUGCUGUUGUGCCCACCUCUGCUGUUGUGCCCACCUCUGCUGUUGUGCCCACCUCUGCUGUUGUGCCCACCUCUGCUGUUGUGCCCACCUCUGCUGUUGUGCCCACGGAUGCCACUCGGAUGUCAAAGCCAUGCGGCAGGUGGGCGGCCUGCCCCGUGGCCCCCAUGGCGCGUGUCACGGCCGCCCUGAACCGCGCCUGCUGCACGCGCAGUGGCAGCGUCUGCUCGGGGAACAGCACGAUGCCUGGUGGAAGGUGGAGGCGGGCGCAGCAUUUGAGAAGGAGAGCAUGGCAUGGGCGGCGCACGCAGCGAACAGUGAAGGACACACAGGGCAGCACGGUGCAGAGUGAUGGCAGCACGGUGCAGAGUGAUGGCAGCACGGUGCAGAGUGAUGGCAGCACGGUGCAGAGUGAUGGCAGCACGGUGCAGAGUGAUGGCAAGUGA